UGCGGCUGGUACUGGGGACCGAUGAACUGGGAGGACGCUGAGAUGAAGCUGAAGGGGAAACCUGACGGCUCGUUCCUGGUCAGAGACAGUUCAGACCCGCGAUACAUCCUGAGCCUGAGCUUCAGGUCGCAGGGGGUCACACACCACACACGCAUGGAGCACUACAGAGGGACUUUCAGUCUGUGGUGUCACCCAAAGUUUGAGGACCGAUGUCACUCCGUGGUCGAGUUCAUAGAAAGAGCCAUCAUGCACUCCAAGAACGGGAAGUUCCUCUACUUCCUGCGCUCACGAGUCCCCGGUCUGCCCCCGACCCCGGUCCAGCUCCUGUACCCGGUCUCCAGGUUUAGCAGCGUAAAGUCUCUGCAGCAUCUCUGUCGCUUCUGCAUCCGGCAGCUGGUCCGCAUCGACCACAUCCAGGAGCUGCCGCUGCCCACGUGAGUGCACGCCGCUGACAUC